AUGGUGGAGGCGAGGGAGAAUGGUGGUCCUAUGCAUAAUGGUACCAUGCACAGCGAGCAAGACCUCUCCACUACCACUCUCUCAACUAUUGCCGUUCGAGCCGGAGAUCAUGCGUCGAUGGUAGUGGCACUACUCAAAUCCAUGGGCUUUGUGGAGGUGCGAAUCGACGAAAUGAGACCUGGACUUUUGGAGAUUGGAGAGUCCGCAAGUGAAACGGCCAAUUUACUCAGUAUCCACGAUGAUCUCUUGAAAAGGCUAGCGGAGAAAGACGACCAAGUGGCAGCCCUCCUAACAAGAACCGAUAACCUUAGCUCUGAGAAAGAUGAAAAAGAAGCGAUCGUCUACGGUGACAUGGCCAAGGGUCUCAGAGAGGCAUGGAGUGGCUUACAAAAACAGCUGAUGCUCCGAGGUUAUCUCUUACGCGAAACGCUGACAUUCCAUCGUCUAGGUGAUCACCAUGAAAAGGUCAGUGUCAAUCAAUUGCUACGUACUGUAAAGGGUCAAAUUCACAGUCAAAAUAGAAAUUUGUUAAUGGGAACAAUUUGGAUAACAGAAGACAAACUGAUCGACACCACUGCACAAGCAAUGGAUGUUGGAUCAUCGGUCAUCACUCAGAUUCGAACACUGGGCCCGACUUCUGAUAACCCCGAUCGCGACCAGGAGAUGCUAGCAUCGAAAUUUGUUGUGUUAAGGAUCGCCUCUGAAUGGGAACGGAUAGAGGCAAUGUGGAAGAAGGGAAGGACGGAAGUGGUGGGCACUACGACUACCGAGGAACUGCUCAUUAUCGAGCAGUGGCUUAAACAUGCAGAGCGUCGAGUGAAGGCUGUGAAUGAGACUGGCUUUAAAAUACUUCUUGAGGAGGGCAAUGGUCACAAAGCUCGUCUGGUCGAACUCGGUUCCAGCAAUGGAGUCGAGGAUGGAGCUCGAAUCACACAUCUCUCAGGUCGUAUCGAAGAGUUCCUGCACUAUGUGAAGACAAGGAUGAAUCGAUCGCAGCGAAUUCAGGCGUUCUUCCAGUCUGCUCAGACGAUGCUCUCGCAACUGGCAAUGAUGGAGGAAGAUAUGCGAAAUGCAAACGCUGCAAUGGCCGGCGAACUCUAUCCACUUGCACAACAGAAGGCGACAACGGUUAUACAGGAAGGCAGAGAUAUAUCUGCAAAAGAGAUUCUUACUUAUGAGGAACAGGCUCUCGUUAGACAACGAUGCGAAGAGAUGGAUAAGAAGUUGAAACUACUCGAAGAACUUGCCACUGAAAUUCAAAAUUCGACGCAAAUUAGUCAAGAGUUGGCAAGUCUUCAAACGUGGUAUGGAAUGAGAGUGAUUCCAUUCCUGGCCACUCACGCUGAUAUGGGAGGAACUCUGAAUGAAGCCGUCGACUUUUUGGAAGCUCAUCAACGUUUCGUUGACGAAGUUGUGAAUCGUGAUGCUUCCGUAACGUCAGCUAUGAGCAAGAGGUCAGAGAUGACCGGGGUGGAGCGGAAAGCCAUGUCAGAAUUCGAGGCUCACUACGAGCGGUUGAAGGAUGUGCUUGAAAGUCGAAUUCGUAUUGGAGGCGCCUUCGUUCGAAUGCACAAGUUCGCCAAAGACUUGGAAUCUUCCUUCGAUGGAAUCACGUCGUUGUUGGAUACUAACCGCGAUUUCACUAACGAAAGGGUCGCCGCUCAAGUUGAGAACGUCUUCCAAAUGAUCGAGGAUACAAUGACGCAGGAGAAACAUGAGGUGGAACGAUUCGUCGCGUCUGCGGAGGCUGUUGCCAGAGAUGAUGACACCUUGGACGUGACUCGGUCAACACAAGCGGCCAGAAACGUUCUAGUCGACCAUGACCACCGAUACGUCUACCUGAAACACAAGUGGGCCGAAUGGCUUGCCAACAAGGUAUGGUUUGUGAGCAGACUCGUGUGCCCCUAUGGAAUUCCAUCAUCAAAUCUAGCGCCUAUAUUUCGCUCGAUGGUCCAGGUGUCAAACAAAACGAUCUCCCUUGAAGAGACGAAGAAAAAAGUGACGGUCAUAGAAGAAAUAGAAAUGUGGCAAGAAGAAACAUGGGAGAUCAUUCGUCUGCUCGAAAACACUAAGACGACAACACUUCAGGUUAGUUGUGAAUUGAAUGGGCGGGGCGUCGCUGCAAUGGCGAAAUUUAAAGAAGCAGUGGAAACCAUUUAUGAGUCAUUCCUUGAAGAAGAAAUUGUUGAGAGAGUCAGGGCUCCACAAAUCUUGACGAAGCUCAAGGAUGCGCAGGUGGAUGAAGGUAGCCGGUUUGAAUUUGUCGCGAGGAUUGAAGGUGAACCAGAGCCAAAAAUCACAUGGCUGAAGGACGGAAUAGACGUGAAGAGCAAUAUCGACUAUCGCCAAGACUUUGUGAACGGUGUUGCUAGCCUUGUCAUAGAGGAAACGUUCAUUGAAGACACAGCUACCUACACAGUACGCGCUGAAAACAUUGGUGGAGUAGCUGAAAGUAGUGCCACAUUGACGGUGAAAUCUCGCUCAGCCAUUUCAAGCCUGAUGGAAGAAGAAAAGCCCAGAUUCAUCAAGCAAUUGACCAACGUGCAAAUAGUCGAGGGAGAGACCGCCGUACUGGACUGUGUGGUCGUUGGCAAGCCGGAGCCCGAAAUCUGGUUCAAAGAAGAACGAACAGUGAAAGAAGACGAGAGGACCCAUCUAAUGUUCACUGGCGACCACGUUUCUCUUACAAUCGAGGAUGCAGUUCCUUCGGACAGUGGAAUGUACACGGUCAGAGCCAAAAAUGUUCAUGGUGAGACGACUGGUUUCUGUCAGCUCAAGCUCCUGCGCUCAGUUGUACUAGUACACUGCUCCCACUUCGCAGUCGACACCUCAGCACAGUCGAAAUUUGUCUUUCAGACAAUCCGACGGACUCCUGUGCCAGAAACACAUAAAGCGACACUUUUGGGUGCUUAUUCGCUGGAAAAUAUCGCUGUAAGUGAUAAUCCUUGGCGAUGUUCAUGGAAUGUCAUGAGCUUAACGAAAAUUCAGGCAAUCCAACAGCCAAUAACUCCAGAAACUCACAGGGCCACCAUUUCUCGUGGAGCAUCUUUGGAAAAUAUAGCUGUAGGACACUAUAGUUGUUGUAGAAGGCUACUACAAAAUGCAUUGUCAUUCACAAGGAAAUUCACCUGUUUGGUGAAAAACCUCAAGGUAAGGAAAAUAGAGGUUGAACGAGAUUACCGUGACGGAAAUGACAUGGAGGGGGUAUUUGGUCGAGAUCUCAAUUGGUACAGUUGCCCAAAGAGCGGCUACAUCAAGCCAGAACUGUGCAAACCUGCCAUCACUUUUGCUAUGGGUCAUGACAAGCUGUUUGAACUUUCUACACGGAUUCCUUCGUGA